AUGCAGAAAAUUCCAUGGUGAUGGCAUGGCUUGUGAAUGCUAUGGAUUAAGAAAUUAGUGCCAACUACAUGUGCUAUUCGACUACAAAGGAGCUCUGGGACAAUGUUAGUCAGAUGUAUUCUGACCUUGGAAAUUACUCUCAGAUAUAUGAAUUGCAACAGAAAAUCAGCAAUACUCACCAAGGAGAAGGCAGUGUGACCAGGUAUUUCAAUGUUUUUAAGGGACUUUGGCAGGAUUUAGACUUAUUCAAUGAUUAUGAAUGGAAAAAUUCUGAUAAUUGCAAUCAUAAUAAGAAGAUGGUAGAGAAUGCCAGAAUUUUUAAAUUCUUGGCUGGACUUAAUGAUGAAUUUGAUGAAGUUAGGGAAGGAUUCUAAGGAGACAGCCAUUACCUCCACUUGGGGAGGUAUUUUCUGAGGUGCAAAGAGAAGAUUGUCGUCGGAAUGUCAUGAUGAAAAAAAAGGAGGAUGAAACUGUGGAGAACUCUGCUUUAGUUGCUGCCAACCCUGCUCCUUAUUGUGCUACUAGCACAGAUCUGUCCACUGCCAAUAUUUCUGCACAGCGGUCCUAUUCUAACCAAAGGAGGUUUGAAGAUAAGCCUCGGGUAUGGUGUGAUUAUUGCAAUAAACCAUGUCACACUAGAGAGACUUGCUGGAAACUCCAUGGAAAGCCUGCAAACUGGAAGAGCAGCAAAUCUGGAACCUCUAGCAGCAACUAUAUAGCCCCUAGAGUCAAUGAAGUAAAGGCUAAUUUCCUAAGUGCUGAGCAGGUGGAUCAUCUUCUUCAAUUGCUGAAAUCCACUCCUACAUCCGGUCCUCCUACUGGUUCCUUGGCCCAAACAGGACCAACUCUCGGGGAGGAUGAUUGGCAGUGCUAGGAUGAUUGAUGGACUCUAUUAUUUUGAUGAGACCCUAUUCAACAUUAAACAAGCUCAGGGUUUGAGUAGUAGUAGUACUAGUUCAAUGCCUGUACGAGAACAAAUUAUGCUUUGGCAUCUUAGACUUGGACAUCCUAGUUUUCUCUAUUUAAAACAUUUGUUUCCUAGCUUAUUUAAAAUUGUUGAUUGCAACUCUCUUCAUUGUGAUACUUGUCAUUUAUCUAAGAGUCAUCGGAACACUUAUCAAUCAAAA